CGUAAUAAGUGUAAUCCACAGUUCACUCAGCUGAAAUGGCAAGAACUAAGCAGACUGCUCGUAAGUCUACCGGGGGCAAAGCGCCUCGUAAACAACUUGCUACGAAGGCCGCCCGUAAGAGCGCGCCAGCAACUGGAGGAGUCAAGAAGCCCCAUCGUUACCGUCCGGGAACUGUUGCUCUUCGUGAGAUUCGUCGUUACCAAAAGAGCACUGAAUUGUUGAUCCGUAAAUUGCCCUUCCAACGUCUCGUACGUGAAAUUGCUCAGGACUUCAAGACUGAUCUGCGAUUCCAGAGCUCUGCUGUGAUGGCUCUUCAAGAAGCCAGCGAAGCUUAUCUCGUUGGUCUCUUUGAGGAUACUAAUCUCUGCGCUAUUCACGCCAAGCGUGUGACUAUCAUGCCUAAGGACAUCCAGUUGGCUCGUCGUAUCCGAGGAGAACGUGCUUAAGUCAUUGAUCUUCGUCGUAUUUCAAACCAAACGGCCCUUUUUAGG